AAGCAUUUUAUACAUAAAGAUAAUAACUAUUAUUAUUAUAACAAUUAGCCGUGGCUUCGCUUCAGCAAACAAAGUGAUCAGUGACAAAACUGUGUUCUCUCUUUCCUGUGAUUUCCACCUGAUGAUGUUAAUUUCAGAGUUCUGCUUUUUCAAUCCUCUGUGUCACAAACACAACAGCUCAUUACUUCCUGUGUGUCAGAAGACUUUCUGAGGGCUGAGCUUCAUGUUUGGAUCAAGUUAAGCCACCAAUGUUAUAAUAAUUAGAGCCGUAGAGUUUCCUGCAGGACAAUCGUGUCUGCGUUCAUCAUUGUGUCUGUUCACAGAGAGAAUCUGUAUUUUUUCACCACUUUGAAUUGUGUUGUUAUUCGGUUGCUGCCACAACAUUAACUGUCCCUUCUGUUUUAAUCUGUGGUUUUGUGACACAACUGGUUGUGACAUUGGCAGUGAUGGAUUAAUCUCCACACACCCACAGCAGAGGCAGCUGGUGGAUAAAUACAGGUAACGCUGUAGGACAGCAGAUCACUAUCUAACAGAUGGUUAACCAGGAUCACUGUCAGAAGAAUAAACAUGGCAGACUACGUCAAUGAACCAACCGAUCAGCAGAGGAAGAGUCCAGAGAGGAGAGGAUGCUGUCACUCAGGUGAAUCAAAAAUCUUCUUGGUGGUUGGAGUCAGCUUUGGCCUGCUGUGCAUCGUACAGGCAGCUCUCAAUAUUUCUCUUCGGCUCCAAGGAAGUGAGUGUCAGCCUGCAAAGCAAAAGAGAACUGGGUCUGACCACAUCAACUCUACCAACAUCACCAUGAUGUCAUCUGCUGAAAUCAGCAACCUGCUUCGAGAUAGAGACCUGCUGAUAAGGGAAAACACAAUGUUGUAUGCCAAUGAGAAAUGGUUAGAGAGGCACCUCAGCGAACAGCAAAAUCAGAUCAAGGAGCUUCAGGCUGAAAUAAAAAGACUCUCUGAGAUGGGAUCCCAACACAGUCAUUGUCCCCGAGGGUGGAAGUUCCACAUGUCCAGCUGUUACCGCCUUUCCACUGAGCUAAAGAACUGGAGAGAUGCCAAAGAGGACUGUGGGAGAAACGGAGCUGAUCUUGUGGUUUUAAAUGAUGACUCGGAAGCGGAAAUUCUUCUUAAGUUUGGAAGUGCUGUCAUGUGGAUCGGCCUGAGGGCUAGACGCUGGCCUCAGGAUAUGUGGAUGUGGGAGGAUGGACGCUUGCUGACUUUAGAUGACUUGAAGAAGAUGCAGCCAGGUGAUCCAAGUUUCACCUGUGCCUAUGCCGAACAGUUGCUGCCUGACAGGCUGAGGUUUAUCCCUGCUGACUGUGCAGACCAACACUACUGGGUGUGUGAGAUGAUGGUGAUGUGACCAACAGCACAACAACCAUGAAGUAACACGUCACGUCUUUCUGUUUAUGUCAUAUCCUUUUCCAUCAGUCACACACACACACACACACACACACACACAGUGUACUGUAUAUUUGCAUUGAGUCUCUCUUCUUUUUAAUUUCAUGCUGUGUGUGUGUGUGUGUGUGUGUGUGUGUGUGUCCUUUUUAUCACUCUGUUUUAAAGUAAAGUCUUUCAGCUGAUGGAGGUCGCUGUGUUUGGACAACUGAAAGUUGUAUUGAGACAGAAACUCAGUCUGUGAUGUGUUUAGAGUCUGGUCAGUAGAAAGACUCUGUGAUUGUCUUGUAAAAUAAAUUCUUGUCAGAAUAAACACGUCUGCUGGAGUAUUUAAAUCUCUGUGUAAAGGAAUAAUAACCUGCUGUCAGCGUUAACUCAUCGAUCACAAUGUGAUUCAGCUCCAAACAUGAACAUGUUAUUUAUUGUUUUCAUCACGUUAAUUGUGUGCUGAUUUUUGUCUCUUCAGCAUCAACCUUACUUGUGUCAAACAGAAUUAAAACGUCACCAAAGUACUUUGAGUUUGAGCUUCGACCUACGAGCAGAAGUCUCGCCAGGUUCAGGAGUUAGUGCAGGUCGACUGUUUCCCAGGCGUUCAGCCACAUGUCCUCAGCUCUGUCUCCUGUGUCUUUUUAUUUUUGAAAUGCAGUGUUGAUAUAUCCUUUGUUAGUGCAAAAUAAACGUAAAAAAAAAACUUAAAAAAACGU